AAAAAAAAAGAAACAUACACAUCGUACCAAUGGAAAAUAGAACAUUUCGAUCGAAAUUCAUUUUCAUCCCUUCCUUUCUACCCUUAUUUCGACUCUCGCUCUUUCCUGUUCUACCGUACAGGUAUGCAACAGUAGGUACGUAUGUAUACAUUUAAAAAAGAAAAUAUGUAAGUAUCGGUAACAAUGUCAGUUGGUCAGUUAGCUUCGAUAGGGUAGAUGCGCACAAGUAUACAAGAUUGACAACAUGUACCCGAUCAUCCGAUUUAGCAAGCUUCUUAAUGGGGUAUAACAAGCGUAAAUAAUGCGUCAAUGAAUGAUCAUCGUCGAUUCUCGUAACUCCCCAUCAAGAAAAUUUACAUAUUAAUAGAUGUCUUUCAAGAGAAUUCAUGCAAACAGGAAAAGACGUGUCUAAAAGGAGAACAGACACUUACGACACACGGGGGUUAAUUAGGACGGGAAGCAAGGAUUUUGCAUGGCAACCAAGAUCAUCUCUCUCUCAGGGAAAACCGUUAACUGGUACACCGAGGAUGGUUUGUUCGACCCCCCCGUUUUCCCCACCCUUUCGCCGCUUUUCAUCGUGCCCUUUCUUCACGACCCUAUAAAACAAAGCGAACUCGGCUUCAAUGGCACAUUCAACGUCUUUCCGUCUUCGCAGAUUCGUGUUUUCGCGCUUUCGUCCUUUCGUCCUUCCGUUCUCCGGUACUAUUCGUACACUUCCAGUACAGAGUACAAGGGAACGCAAAAAGAAACAGAAAAGGAAAGAAAAGAAUCUACUAAAUACUAUAUUGGAAUCUAUCUAUCGUUUGGAUCCACCAAGUGAAAUGCCUGGCAUCCAUACCGUCUGCAUAGCUAUAUUACUAGCUGUCGUCCUUCUGUACGAUAGAUGUUUUGGAUAUCCCUCGAUCAGGCAACGUCAAAGUUCAGGACACGUUUGCGAGAGUUGCGCCGAUUCUUGCGACAAAUGUGAAUUCGGUGUUGUAAUGUCUGUUGCAUGCGGUGUACCACAAUGCGCAAAGGGUCCCGAUCAACUGUGCGGAGGACUUAGGGACAUUUUAGGCAUCUGCGGCGAAGGAAUGUAUUGCAAUUGCAACAAAUGCAUCGGUUGCAGUUCCGAGGGGUUCGAAUGUUCGAAGAAGGAUCCUUGUUUGCCACAGAAAUAUUUAGAAUAUUCUCAUUUCGAUAGAUUUGGAAGAUUGCCCACUGUCGUGUAAAACCGAAAAGACGGAUAGAUAGAUAGAUAGAUAAAUAGAUGUAUGUAUGUAUGUAUAUUUAUCGUAAACCAGGCGACGAAUAUACCUGACCACCGAAGCAAAAGAUUGGGACAUUCUUCGAGUAUGAAAAUAUACGGGGGACCGGAUGAGAAUCGAAGGUUUCGCCUCAAUUUCUAUUUGACUAACACGCGUAAAUCGGUCGUCGCACGCCGAUCGAGCGAUUUUUUUUCAGCAAUUUUUCUUCCCCAACAAAUUAAUCCGCCAAAUAGCUUAAAACGGACUUACUGUUAUUCCUAUUUUCUGCUGUCUACCGUGUGCAAUUAACGAGACUAGGAAAAGCGAAAGAAAGCGAAGAGGGAAGACGUCGAUGGGCGCGAAUAAAAGCGGCACGAAAUGGACACGAUUAAACGUUUUCGAAUGCUUUCUCUCAAUUAUCGAAUUUUUUCUUAACAACCGAUGCGUUCGAUUACGCGUUAUUCGAUCUCUUCCGAUCGAAAUUUUUCUUGAACCGAGCAAGAAUACGAGAGAAACGAUUCGCGUUACUUGCUGUUUCUACAAUUUGCGAGGAGAAAGGAAAUAGAAAUCAAGAAAUAACGAGAAUGCGUUCGUUUCUAUCGUAUACACGUCUGAUCGUUGGUAAAGCGAAUUUGGCGGCGCGCCGCGGCGCGUCGUUAACGCAUGCCCGAUCACAAUAUAGACGUUCUAGAAAAUAAUGUAAUUAUUUCCCUUAUUUUGUAAAUAAAUACCGAAUCCUAAAAAUUCCGUCUACUUACUAAACCUUUCAUUUUAUUUACAAUCUACCAACAUUUCUUACUAUCUCCAUUCUUCUUACCGUCUCGUCGCGUUGCCUCGCGUCUGAUAACACCGAACCAGACGAAAGUUUCGAAAGCUCUACAUAUGUAUGCAUAUCGUAUAAUGUAUCCAAAAUUUCUUAAUAGAAAAAAGCAGACGCGUUUGCACGAUUUUUGAACGCGUCUCACUAAUU